AUGGAGGCGGCCGGGCAGGCCAACGGUGCCGGGGAGCCCGCGCCCAAGAAGCCCAACAGGAAGGCGGUGGAGCUGGCCGACUUCAAGGCGCGCUGCCGGCAGGGCACCACGGUGGUGCUGGACCUCGAGUGGGAGGAGGACAUGACCGAGCGGGAAGUCCGGAGCCUCUGCCAGCAGCUCCUGUUCUGCUACGGCGUCAACCGCGGUGCUCGCAGGCCAGUGCGGAUGGUGCUGUCCGGGCUGGGCAUGGGCACCUCCACGAGCCAGCGGCUCCGGAAGAUAAGCGGCUUCGAGAGCUGGCCCAUCGAGGUGCUGGAGGGACCCUACAUUGACCGCUUCAAGCGCGAGGAGCUGGUGUACCUCACCGCAGACGCCGAGGAGACGAUCCAGACGUUCGACCCCGAGAAGGUUUACAUCAUCGGCGGCAUCGUGGACCACAACAGGCUCAAGGGCUGCACCCUCGCCAAGGCAGCCGACCAGGGCAUCGCCUCUGCACAGCUGCCGCUGUCACAGCACAUCGACCUGGGCGCCUCCCGGCGCGUGCUCACCGUGAACCACGUCCUGCAGAUCGUGGUGGAGUACCAGCUCACCGGCGACUGGCGCCAGACCUUCGAGAAGUGCGUCCCUGGCCGCAAGCAUCGGGGCACGAACCAUGGCAUGGGCAUCAGCUUUCGGAGGUCCGCGCGGAUGUCUCGGGUCGGCGCUGGAGCCCAUUGGUGCGCUCCCCGCGCCUGGGAUGGAGGUCCUCGGACGGGGCGAGGACGAGGAUGA